AUGGCCGGCAGCUCUCUCCGUGGCGACGACGACACGGCAGCAGCAUCACCAGCACCCGCGGCGGCGGCAUCUGCGCUGUGGCGUCGCUUCGUGGGGGUGGAUGUCACCAACACAUUCCGCGCACUCUUUGCCGCGCAGCUGUCUGCUGUCACCGACUGCCGCGAGUUCGUCACACAGCUGGCAACGCUCAUGCAGCAGUGGCGGGCGGAGCGGUGGAACGACAUCUUCAUCGGCGCCGCGGCGACGAACGGCGAGCGGCGCGGCCGACGGCGUGGCAGCGACAACGACGACGCAGCAGAAGCGGCGGCAACGGUACAGCGGCAGCGUGGUGUGGCGAUGUACUACGAGUCCAUCCGUGUGCAGCGGCUGAUGGAGGAGGAGCUGCUGCUGGCGCCGUGCAGC